AUAGAAGAAGUUGGGUCGGUCGGUCGGUGAGAGGAGACGUGUGAGGAAUGAGAGAGCGGAGCGGUGUCCGGCCUUCCCCCCCCUCACCCCCCGGGACAUGAACCCGCACUGAGCGCCGCCCCCCCCCUCAUACACUCCCAGACAUGGACGGGCUGCUCGUGGUGUUCCUCAUCUCCCUGGGAAUGUUCCUGGGCUGCUUCCUCCUGGGGCUCAUACCGCUGGCUGUGCGACUGUCCGAGCAAAAGCUGCAAUUUAUAAGUGUUCUGGGUGCCGGUUUGCUUUGUGGAACAGCGUUGGCUAUAAUUAUACCAGAAGGGAUUGAGCUGCUGGAUGGAUCUUAUAAAGAGUCUCCAGCCAAAUGCCUGAAUGUUGCCCAGAAUGUCAAUGUCACAGAGGCUGCGGUGACAGAGGAGGAAGUAAAAGAGGUGGCUUCAUCUAUCCCACCCCACUUCUUCAUCGGGGUCUUCUUGGUCACUGGAUUCAUUCUGAUGUUUAUCGUGGACCAGAUAGGAAGCUACUGCUCUUAUCAUGAUCCCAGGACAGGAAUGUCUGCAGGAACAAGCAUCACAGCCACUCUGGGUCUAGUCAUCCAUGCUGCAGCUGAUGGAGUUGCUCUUGGGGCCGCGGUUGCAUCUUCUCAGGUCUCUGUACAAGUCAUUGUCUUCUUUGCCGUCAUCCUACAUAAGGCCCCAGCAGCGUUUGGUCUGGUCUCGUUUCUCAUGCAUGCAGGAUUAGAGAAGAAACAAAUUCAGAAGCACCUGUUGGCAUUUUCAGUAGCUGCACCUCUUCUUGCCAUUACAACGUACAUUAUUCUGACAAUGUCAGGGGGCAGCUCACAGCACAGACUCAGCGCCACAGGACACGGCAUGCUCUUCUCAGCUGGGACUUUCCUCUACGUAGCCACAGUUCACGUCCUACCAGAGAUCAGCGGCCGAGGACACAAUCAACAACAGGGGGCAUCUGAAUACAGACAACAAGGACUGGGACUGUUGGAGAGCCUGACGCUGGUGGUGGGAGCCUUCCUCCCAGUCCUGCUAUCAUUGGGACUUCACGAUAGCUGAACAAGGACUGAGUGCACCCUGCCAACGUACAGGAUUAUUCCACUGGCAAUAGUCUGAGGAAAUAAUGGCAAACACAAAGGUGCAUUCCCUGGGAUGAUAGAACAUAAAUAGAACUUUUUUUUCUAUAUAGAACAGGAACUUUAAAGGGACCAGAUAAAUCUGCUCUCCGUUUUCCAGAUUGUUGUAUUAACGUCUAACUUGCACAAAGUCUAAUAAAUUAUUGUGAUUAAUAGAAAUA